AUGGUUCGGUUGGCAGGACAGCCGACUUCUAUGUUUGCAACUGUCGACCACAACUUGCACGCCUCUCGGCGGGCUAUUCUCAGUAGCUUCUUCUCUAAGAAGUCUAUCACCGGUCUAGAGACAAUGAUCCAGGGCAAGGUUGAGAAACUUAUGGGACGGUUAGCCACUGCAUGCGAUCAAGGCACCGUUGUCCCCCUGGACUCUGCAUCGUCGGCUCUGACUGCUGAUAUCAUUUCGGAGUUUGCAUAUGGUGUCAGUCUUGACUAUUUGGAUGAUCCCAAUUUCAAGAAUGAGGUUGCAGAGUCGAUUUUAAGUCUUGCGUCUUCUGUUCAUGUCUUGAAGUUUUUCCCUUUCAUUUUGUCUCUUUCGAAAAUCAUCCCGGACAGUGUUGUUGAAACUCUUUCUCCGGAGGCUUCAAAAAUCUUGCGCUUGCAGAAGUUGGUUCGUGCACAAGCAGCAGUUGCACUGAAAAAUGGAGGGCACGUCAAGGGUAAGGACACAAUGUUUGGAGCUCUGUGCGAUCCUUCGCUGCCUGCAGAAGAGCGGACUCUGGAUCGGCUACAGGACGAGGGUUUCUCAUUGAUCGGCGGAGGUACCGAGACCACCACAGGAACUCUGAAAAUUAUUAUGUUCAACUUGCUGCACAACAAAUCUUUGCUGUCAAAGCUUCGCGAGGAGCUUGCGCAGAAUUCAUGCGAUACAUGGGCCGAGCUCGAACAACUACCCUACAUGAGAGGAGUGAUUAACGAGGGUCUUCGUCUUUCCGGUGUCAUAACUCGACUUCCACGACGUGCUCCAGAUGAAGCAUUGCAGUUGAAUGAGUGGACAAUCCCAGCGAAUACACUUCUGAGCACAUCAUCCUGGUUUAUGCACAUGAACACAGAGCUGUUCCCCGAUCCGUAUACCUUCGAUCCUGAGCGAUGGAUUCGCGCUCAGGAAGCCGGACAACGUCUUGAACCUAUGAUUGCUGCCUUUAUCAAAGGAUCUAGACAAUGCCUGGGUAACCAUUUGGCUUUGGCGGAGCUGUACCUUGUUAUUUCUGCAUUGGUCCGGCGAUUUGAUAUGGAUUUGUACAAGACUGGACCCGAGCAUAUUGUUACUUACAGAGAGUUUGGCUUUGGAAUUCCCAAGGAGAAAGGAGGGUUGAAGGUCAUUAUUACGAAGACUCUGAAUUCAUAG